AUGGUUGAUCACAAUGAGACUUUCUACCGACCUGAGAAUUUCAUUUUGAUUGGGGUCCCCGGCCUGGAGGAUAUCCAGUUCUGGUUCGCCAUCCCUAUGUUUGCCAUGUAUGCCCUCACGAUCCUGGGGAACAGCGUUGUGCUCUGCAUCAUUAUGCCCCAGGAGACCUUUCACAAGCCAAUGUAUCUCUUCCUCGCCAUGAUGUCAAUGAUUGACUUUGUGGCAUCAGCAACCACCACCCCUAAAAUCCUCUGCAUCUUCUGGUUCAGCUCCAGGGAGAUCAACUUCAAUGCCUGCCUGGCCCAGCUCUUCUUCAUCCAUGCCCUCUCCAUGAUGGAGUCUACGGUUCUCUUGGCUAUGGCGUUUGACCGCUAUGUUGCCAUUUGCCACCCUCUCAGAUACACCUCUAUCCUAACUAAUCCCACUAUAGCCAGGAUUGGGGUUCUAGCAAUCAUUAGAGGCUCGUUCCUCAUGGCGCCAGCGCCGUUACUGAUACGGAGGUUGUCCUACUGCAGGACCAACAUCAUCUCUCACACCUACUGUGAGCAUAUGGCUGUGGUGAAGAUAGCCUGCACCGACACCACCAUAAAUCAGAUAUAUGGUAUAACUGUGGCUCUGCUGGUGAUAGCCGUAGAUAUUAUAUGUGUAACUGUGUCCUACUGCGCCAUCGUUAGGGCGGUCUUUAGACUUUCCUCCAGGGCCGCUCGUCAUAAGGCACUAGGUACCUGUGGACCCCACAUCUGUGUCAUCCUGAUCUCCUACAUCCCGGCUCUCUUCUCCUUCUUCGCACACAGGUUUGGGCACAACAUCCCCCUCCACAUCCACAUCAUCCUCGCCAACCUGUAUAUCCUCAUUCCACCCAUGUGCAAUCCCAUCAUCUAUGGGGCAAGAACCAAGGAGAUCCGGGACAGGGUAGUCAUCAUAUUCCAAGAGCUGCUUUAA